AUGAAGACAACUUUGUUUGACCCGUUGCCGGGUCAAGACCUAUUUCGGCACGACGGCCAUUCUGGCUCUUGCGGGCUUUACUCAGACCAAAACAAAUCCUUUAGUUCGGCAUCCAAGGUUUUCAGUGAAGUCAUCGGAAACGGGAGCUUUGCGGCUAGUAGUGUCCACAAGGAUGUGCGUGAGCUGCAUGACUCAAGCGCCUAUUUCGGAGUUGAUGACAUGGGGAUGGGGCCCGUCGAGUCACACGUCAAGACUGUCCCUGCUGGCUCGUCUAGCUUGCAACCAGAUGGCGCGGUUAUUUUGCCGAUAAAGAAGCCUCGAGUUUCCUUCUCUAGACGUAAGCGUGGGCCAAAGCCCCAUAAGGAUGCCGCGUCCUCAGCCGUAGAACUCAGCGACGAAGGUGUGCUGAACCAAAUUAGGGUGGACAAUUGGCGGACGCUCUUUUCGCGGCAGAUCAAGGUCCUUCUCAUCAAGAAUAUCCUCGUACUUAUCAGACACCCAAUCCUCUUGGCGCUCCUCCUUUUGAUUCCGCCCCUCUCGGUCUUUAUCAUUACCGGACCCUCCUAUCAGGUUAAGGUGCCCACUGUAUGGCAUGAUCCAGUGGACAUAGGGCAAUUCGAUAUGACAAAGAGACUGGCCUACUACCCUCUGGCAGACCCUACCAUGGCUGCCUUUGUAAAGUAUCUAAAAGAGGCAUUUGAUCCUCCUUUGCUGGACGAUCAGGUCAUUGGAUUUGAAAACGAACUUGCAUGUGCUUUAAACGUGAGCGCAGAGCCAGACAAAUAUCACGCCUCGUUCACCUUUGAGCUGCGGAAUCCAAAAGUAGACAAUAUCUCACUGUUUUACGUGUGGCGUGUCUCGGACUAUUUCAAGAAGGUCUAUGCCGACCCCCUAGAUCCUUCGUAUUUUGAUCCGUAUCGUGCACAGCGUCUUACGGAACAUGCAAUUACACGCUAUCUUUUGGAGAAUAUCUUUAUCUCGAAAAUAGAAGGCUUUACAUCCGAUGAUUUAAAGUAUGCCGCCACUGCAAUCAAGAAUGGGCGGGUAAGAUACGAUAACGACAUGUCCAUACAGUGGCUUCCGGAUCUUGAAUACUACACAGACGACGACUUCUCAAAUAAAAUCUCAACCCUAGCAGCACCGAUUUUGGGGACCUCUACAGUUGUUCUCUUUUAUGUGUUUAUGUACCAGUUGGUUGCGGAGAAGGAGACGAAACUCCGCCAGUCUCUCCAUACCAUUGGAAUGCUUGACUCCGCCUAUUGGCUAAGUAACAUUGUUAUUGGUGUCGCCCUGUCCGCCCUCCUGUCUGUCUUAGUCAACGUUGCAGGUUUGCUAAGCAAGGCCACAUAUUGGAUCAACAGUCCGUGGAUCAUAAACUUUGUAAUCAUCUGGCUGCUUUAUUUCGGUGCCGUUAGCUUUUCGUUUGUUAUGGCGUCCCUCCUGCACCAUGCCCAGGCUGUGGGUUUUACUGCGUUUUUGAUGGUGAUAGUAUUAGCUGGGCUGGGUCUUAUGACAAGCACGCACCGGGUGAUGUACCCCGAAAACGGCGGGUUCUCGGGGUUCUGGCUGUUCUUCCCUACGCAUGCCUUUCAAGCCAUGUUUCUUAUCUCGCUCAAAACUGUUCCGUUUGCCCUAAAUAACAUGCCAUCUGUACCUCUGAAGUUUACCUUGAGAGACGUUGCAAAGUUCACAGGAGCGUGCGUCUCUGCUAGCACAGCAUCGGUUCAGAUGGAUAAGGUUGUUGCCGAAACAGGAGGCUUCUACUGCGGUCCGGAGGCAUACGAUUGCGGCCAUACUGUCCUGUUUGCAAUUCUGAUGCAGCUGGCGAUCUGUGUGGCCCAGUGCUUCCUGGCAGCGUACAUUGACCUGAUUCUCCCGGCUGCACAUGGUGCGAGCAUGCAUCUCUGGGCACCUUUCACUUUAAACUUCUGGGGCUUCAUCAGAACGCCUCCCCCUCCAGACUCGCAUAAGCCGGGGUACCGCCGCCCUCAGCCCUUGGAGGGGUGGGAUAAGGACGUGCUCAAGCAGUAUAAGUAUGUGCUUUCUCCUCCGGGAACGGCUGAGUACAAUAAGGUCCGCACCUCCUCGAUUCUGAUCUAUGAUCUCAAUGUCACAUAUUCGAAGUUCUGCGGUAUUAAGUGGCUUCCGGCUAAGCAUGCAGUGAAAAACCUGAGUCUCAGCAUUCCACGCAACACAAUAUAUGGGCUCCUGGGUCCGAACGGCGCUGGCAAGUCGACGACUCUCUCGGUCCUGACGGGAACCCUCAAGCCAACCUCCGGAUACGUCACCAUAGAGGGGUACAGCAUUGUGCACCAGCGUCAGAAGGUGUCCCAGCUCAUUGGGUAUGCGCCUCAGUUUGACAUUCUGUGGCCGGACCUAACUCCUGCAGAGCACAUAAAGUUCUUUUGCAAUAUGCGAGGGGUCAAUUAUGCUGAGGACCUGGAGGAACUUCAAAGAGCACGGGAGAUUGUCUCCAAAGCAGGGCUUGUCAGCUCCUUGGAGCGGGGAAAGCCUGUUGCUUUAGAAACUAAGAAGAAGAAUCAUAAGAAAUGGAAACCUGGCGAAAAGGAGUUGAUAUUUGAGCGUCUUAUUGAUGUGAGCCUUCAGGAAAGUGCCAAUUUUCCGUCGAGAAGCCUCUCUGGUGGUAUGAAGCGCCGCCUCACAAUAGCCCUGGCCUGCGUAGGAAACCCUCGUGUCAUAUUCAUGGACGAGCCGACGUCUGGGCUGGAUCCUAUUUCGCGCCGUAAGGUAUGGGAUGCGAUUCAAAAGUAUAAGUUGAAUCGCCUAAUUAUACUAACAUCCCAUUGCAUGGAGGAGACAGAUGUCCUCUCAGAUAGGAUAGGAAUAAUAGCCAAGGGAGUACUGCGCUGUUCAAGCAAUUCGUCUCAUCUGAAAAAGAAAUAUGGCACUGGUUAUCGGCUAGACAUGGAUGUGGACGAGGGCGAUGUUUUGCGUGUUCGCGACGAGUUGAUCAAUACAUAUUAUCCACAGGCUGUUUUGGUAGGAAAAGCAGGAGGGCACCUCACGCUUGCUGUUCCCAAGACCAGCGACAGCCAGGCCAUGUGCACAUUCCUACAGAAAAUAGAGGGGUCGGCGUUCAUCCGCGAAUGGUCUAUUCGUCAGACAACUCUUGAGGAGGUCUUUCUUUCUAUUGCACGUGUAGCAGAAAGGAUGGAUUCCGUGGCUGGGAGAUCUUAG